AAGACUGAAAGACGCGGAGGAGUCCGCCUGGAGAGACGAGCCAGGCGUAUCUUCCGCCGCACAGCAGCCCUCCCGCCGAGAACUCCACGGAGGGAGACUUGGUGCGGUAGGGUGUCGGAUCGUAGACACGAGAAGGUGUCUGCACGGCAUCACUCAUCGCGCUCUCUGUGUGCACAAAUUCUGAAUAGUGCACACCUAGGUACACGCGCGCUCAAACUGCGCAUGCUCAUAAGUUGACCUAUUGACCCCUAGGCCCUGCGCGUGGACUAUGGAAGACGCGGCAGUUUUCGGUAUAUCUUUAGGUAGUGCUUCGUCCACCAUUGCCCUGAAUAAGGGAACAAAAACCGAACUACUAGCCAAUCAUGCCGGGGAGCGGACCACGCCCACUCUAGUGUCGUACCGAGAGGGCGGAGAGGUGGUAGGUCGUGCAGCCAAGCAGACCCUACAUCGCAACGUUUCAAACACAGUGUCGAACAUGAUACACCUGAUUGGCAAAAGUUUUGAUGAUGAAGACGUUGAGAAGAUAGCGUCAAUUCUAACGUGUAAGGUAGGGAAGGGUGAGGAAGGGAUGGUGUGCUACCUGGUGAAGGAGGGGGAGAGAGAGAAACCGAUUCCAGUCUCAGACAGCCUGACCCUCGUCCUCAGGAGUCUCUAUGACACGGGUGAGGCGUUCUCGGGCGGUGAGCCUGAAAUGGCAGUUGUUGUCGCUGUUCCUCCCGACUUCACUCCACCACAGAGAAACUUAAUCAGGUCAUGUUGUGAGGCAGCUGGGUUUGAAGUGAUGAGGAUUAUCACAGAGCCAUCCGCCAUUUGCCUUGCUCACGAUAUAGGCCAGAGAAACAAAACUGAAAAGUGGUAUAUUAUAUCGGAGUAAAAAUCUUUCCUUUACAUUGCAUAUGCCAACUCUUUCCUCUCCCUUCCUUCCUUCCUCGCUACGUAUCCCCAGCCACGUGAUGGUGUACAAUCUCGGAGCUCACACUCUGACUCUCUCCCUUCUCCUUGUGGCUGGUGGCAUGUACAGUCAACUAGCCACUAAAACAGUGUGGGACAGUGUCGGAGGAAAUGAAUUUGACAAAGCAAUUGCCGAUUUCCUUGCUUCAGAGUUUGAGAAGCAGCGGAGGGUCAGUAUCCAUGGUAACGAGAAAUGCCGUUUCAAGCUGCUGGCAGCUGCUGAGUCAGCGAAACAUGCCCUGUCUCGAGUCCAGACCACAGCGGUCCACGUGGAAUCAGUACACGACGGGCUGGACCUCACCUACUCCCUAUCCAGGUUUUACCCAUUACAUCACUAUUACAUCAUUCAACCCAAUAAACUCCUUGGAUAUUACGUAUUUUACCACUGAAACCUUUUGCCUUUCGAGACUAUUAUACCUUACAAAAAUCAAUAUCUUGGAAGUACAGAAUAAUUAUAUACACACUUGCGAAAAUGCUUAGUUUUAAGUAUAUACACUGCUCUAGUGAAAAUUUCAAAACCUAAAUUUGAUGUCUCUUCAAUAUUAUGCCUCCUUACCUCCUUUUUUCCAUCGUGAAAGAAAGUUUGGGUGCAAAUCUCGUAUGUUACUAGGGGAAGAUUUGAGGGCCUGUGCACUGCUGUCUUCCGUCGCUGUGUGAACUCUGACCUCAUUACCGGGGUCCUCUCUGACGGAGGAGUGACACGGGGUGACGUUGCUCGGGUGAUAAUGGCAGGAGGCAGCUGCAAUAUCCCCCAACUCCACUCGUUGCUGGAGAGCGAAUUCCCGGGCUCCGAGAUUCUCUCUUCCUCACCGUCCCCCGAGGUUGCUGUGGCAACGGGGUGUGCACUGGAGGCGGGGCUAAUAAAGGAGAGAUGGGAGGGGAGGGGAGAGGAGGAGGACGGGGUUCAAGUGCCUUGUGUCCCACACGACCUCUGGAUAAAGGGAGCCAGACUUAGAGAUCAUCUCCUGCUUCCCUCCCUAACCCCUCUUCCCAGCCACUCCUCUCUCUCCUUCUCUCUGCCGCUGGAAGAGGACGCUUCGUUGCUAUGGUAUUCUCUGGAGCUCUGGGAGAAACGAUCCACCAAUCAGGAGACUGAGAUUGCUAAGGUGUCAGUGCCAGUGGGCGUGGCCAGCGGUGAAACCGGUGAGGAUGUGAGUGUGAAGGUGUCCCUCGUCUGGACGGCCGAGAAUGCCGUAACUAUGACGACUACAAAGAGAGACUCUGAUUGGUCGAUCACUCUGAACCUCACCUGUGAUGAGUAGAUGCACCGAGCUUAUCGUUUCAGAGCUGUUAAAAAGGAAUUGCAAGUAUAUAGCAAAA